AUGCUUCUAAAAUCUCGCUAUAUCUGGUGUGAUAACUCCUGUUGCACUGUACUGAGGUUUGCCGUUGUCAACUAUUUGUCGCAGGCGUCUGAUUGGAAGGUGCACUGCUUGGUAUGUCCUACUGUGCCCGAGGAAUCGAGGUUAGCAGCCGCCCGAGAAGCGAAGGAGGCAAACGAAGCCAGUCGGCUUGUGCGGAAUGGCGGUACACCAAUCUCACAUACGAAGCACGAGAAUAUGUCUGUGAGCUCUCGAUUGAGCGAGAAGACCGACAUAGUCCAAUACUACACGGCCAACAACCAGGCGGCGACUUGGAAUGGCGGAGACGGAGAUGGAAGCCAGCACACAGUGCAUGAGAGAGAUGUAUCAACUGACAACAGAAGUAAAGCGCGAAGGACCCGACAAAGAAGUGAUGCCCUUUUCGACGUGAAGGACCAGAAAAGACGGUAUACAAAGUAUGGUACUUGGCAGCACGGGAGCGCCAGGGGAGUGAGGGAUGCGCAAGAACAGCGCAGAGGUGGCCUACAGCGGAGAGCUAGAGGACCUGGUAAGAUGCCGGACCUUCAGACAGGCAUGAAGAAAGGCAGGUCACACGGAGAACGUAAAUAUGUCGGUCACAGAAAGCCGUCCAUGAAGAAAGACGCCAGUCUGCGUACAGACGGUGGUAGUUCGAGAGGUACGGCCGAUAGCAGGGGCAAGCGGGCGCGUGCUGCCGAGUAUCAGUACAAGCCGAAUGGCAAGCGAGUUGGUGGUGAAUCUAGGGCGAAACCAGACCGCAGCACGGCACCCAGGUCCAAAGAACUGGACAGAUGGAAAGGACCGGUAGAGGGGGCGCAGGCUAUGAAGCGCAAGUCGAUUGGACAACCGAACCAAACAGGCGCAGCGAGCUCAGAGACCAACAGACAGGCGCGGGGGUCUAAGAAACGGGCGAGAAUGGAUGAACCCAUGGAAGCCGCACCAAACCACGAGUUGCUUGCGAUUGACGCGUUUGUGGCUGCACACAGAAAGCGCAAGGGGGCGGAAGGGGCUGCAAGUGAUAGGGCUGGGGAUGGAGUGACGCAGACGGGUGGUAUGGGGGCCAGUAGCAGCAGUGAACUAGAACCAGGAAGCGAACCCGAGGCCGAGUUUACUUCCGGGGGUGGUAGUGAGGUCUCCGAGUCUGAAGCCAAUGCCGAGUUGGAGAUGCAAACGUUACCCGUAAAGGAUGCGACACCCAAGUGCACUUUGUGUGGCGAUCCAGAUAACUCACACGUCGAAGGUGGCAUGGAGUAUUUAUUCGUGUGCGCCACCCCGUCGUGCAAGAAUGCCGGACACGGCGCGUGUUACGACUUCAGUGGACAGCUGGUGGACAAUCUGUACCGCAGCACAGCGCCAUGGUACUGUAACUUCUGUAAGAGGUGUACCAAGUGCGGGUCUAUGGAAGAGAGAGGUAUGCUGCUGUGCGAGUGCUGCGAUACAGGCACGCACAUGGCGUGCUGCAACCCGCCGCUAACCACACCGCCUUCAGAGUUUGAAGACUGGAUCUGCAAACUAUGCAGAGAGCACGGGCCCGGCGCAGGGAUAGGCCUGUAUGACAACGAGGGUUUCAGAAGUACACCAACACAGCCACAGCCACAGCCACAGCCACAGUCAUCGCACCAGGUGCAAGCUGCAACGGGCGUCUCGGGUUGGACUGGCAAGAGUGGUCGUAUGGGCGCAAGUCUCCUCAAGAACAGGUCCACGGGUGACGUACGAGUGUCGGGAGUUGCGGUGGCAAACCGCAGAGUCCAGCGCCGCACUGUCCCGUCUGGUCUGCGGGAUAUGGCAGCGAAGUUAUAUACACCACAGAACAUAUCUAUGGCUGGCAACCCACAUUCUCAGGCAGAUACUGUGACUCUUUCGACACCCACUGCACAUGCCUCGGCCAGGGGUAGUAUGGGCGAGACAACAACGCCGAUAGACGCUGGGCGAAGCAAAGUGGUUGGUAUCAACGGCCAACCGAUCAUGCCAAAGGGGUUAACCAAUUCACCGUUUGCAAUACUACGGCCAGUGGUGAAACAGAGCUCGACGACAGCAUGAUGUGUAGUAUGAAGUUAACUGAUGCGGUGUGGGAUUUUGAUUCAGAAAUGCGAUGUAUCGUCUUGUUCAAUUCAGAGACGUUAUCUACAGAAUUGUAUUCACGCUAGUCGCAUAUGGCUAUACUGCCAAAUAUACUAUAAAAAAG